GCGAUACUACGUGACGUAUCUUGUUGGCGCUCAAGGGAGCAACAUUUCUUAAUCCUUCUGUUCAUUUCUAGAGCAAGCUGUCCUCAUGGAGCUCGAGGUUGGCAUUCAAAUGUUCCGCAUCGGCCUUUUGUCAUGGGUAAGGUUGAGAUGCGCCGCCGUCGACGACUGGCCUGGUGGCAGCGUGUCGCAAUUGUUUACGCGGAAAGAGAACGACCGGCGCGCACUUAGUGACUGUCUGCUCACAUCUUCUUCCAUGUUUCUGUGGCUUUACAACUUUCCCUGCUUGGUUAGCGUACUGACAGCCACACUGACGGUCAUAACACGGUCGGCGUUCACAUACAGUCACCACGGCAGCGCACAUAAGCGCUCUCAGCUCUCAACCCCACGUUCCUUUGUCCUCCGCCGACUUUCGUUUCCAUCGCGACUUGACGCAAUCGAUCGAGCAUCCGCAACCAUGACGUCGUGCGCGGAGUGCAGCCGCUACUUCAGCAUGCGCGACGUGGCAAACCACGACAACGUCUACAAUGCGCUCUGUCAAGUCUCGCUCGCCGUCGACCAUCAGAUGAUCUCUGCCUACCUCACCACUCUCGGACAGCAGCGCCGUACGAACAACUUCAGUGUCGACAUCUCCCUGAGCUUCGAGGUCAACGGCGCUGAUAUCAAGGUCAAGUCGGACGUUGAUCUCUACAACCCUCAGAGGGCUCUGGUCGCUCUUCCUGCGCAGGUUCAAGCUCAGGCUCAGGCCAAUCCGCAGGGUCAAGCUCAGGCUCGCCAGCCUCAAGUUCAGCCCCAAGGUCAGCCUCAAGGCCAGCCCCAGCAGGAGCCCGCUGCUCCCCCUCACCCCGCCGGACUCAUGAUGCAGCAGAACGGCGGCGCGCACCACCACCACCCCGGCACGUACAAUCUCCGCGUCAACGGCAUGGCCGUCCCCCAGAUGCCGCAGGGCGCCGCCCCCAACCCCGGCCCCGGCUUUGGCCCCGGCCCCAACCCCGCUCCCGGUCCUGGUCCCGGUCCUGGUCCGAUCGCUCCGAACACGAACGCCGUCGUCACCGGUGUCGACUGCCAUGGCAAUGUCCGCACUGUCGCCACCAACAACGCCCCCAUGGCGCACCCGCACCGCCACUCGGCCCCCGUCCUUGGUAACCAUGGGUACGACAACUACAACAACUACAUGCAGCAUGGGCACCCGGGCUUGCUGAACGGAGCCAACAUGGGCAUGGGCAUGGGCAUGGCUGGUCCCCCCGGUCUCUUUGGUCCUCCUGGUCCUCCCGGUCUCUUUGGUCCGCCUGGUCCGAAUGGUCCGAAUGGUCAACCUGGUCCGUACGGUCCCCCUCCCCCGAUUUUCGCCGCAGGCACGAUGCGCCAGCAAGAGCAGCUCGCACAGCUCCAACAGCAGCAGCUUGCACAGCUGCACCGGUACCAGCAACAGCAGCAGCAGCAGCAGCAGCAAGCCGGCGUCAAGCGCGAGCGUGAAGUCGCUGCUGGUGGCGAGAACGAGGAGGGUGGCGCGAAGAAGUGCGGAAAGAAGAGCGCGAAGACUGGUGCCGAUGCUAACAACGGCGGUGGCGCAACCAGCGCGUGCGCGAAGCGCAAGGCCGCGGCGGAGCAGGCUGCUGGCGAGUGAGUGAGUGAGCGAGUGGCCUUGUGUCAUGGACUCCAGCCUGUCCUGGAGCGGCAUGUCUGUCUGUGC